AUGGCAGCUUUGCGCAUCUUUGGCUUGACGUUUCUGUUAAUGAUUUUGCAGCAGAGGGUGUCCGGCUCUGGCGUCUUCCAACUGGAGCUGCACGAGUUUGCGAAUAGCCAGGGGUCCCUGGCUAGCGGAAAACCGUGUUCGCCCCACUGUAGGACCUUCUUUCGCGUCUGUCUGAAGCAUUUUCAGGCAGUGGUCUCUCCGGGUUCCUGUACUUUCGGGAGCAUCGUCACACCAGUCCUGGGAGUAAACUCCUUCAGCGUCAAAGAAACGGAGAGAUUUGGAAGCCCCAUUAAGUUACCCUUCAACUUCACGUGGCCGGGAACUUUCUCACUGAUCAUUGAAGCCUGGCAUGCUCCUGCAAAUUACCUUCCAGAAGGUUCUCGGGCCCCGGCCGAGGAGUGGCUGAUCAGUCAGGUGGCGAUCCAGCGGCCGCUGGCGGUGGGCGAGAACUGGUCCCAGGACGUGCAGAGCAGCUCGCAGACCCAGCUGCGGUUCUCCUACCGGGUGAUCUGCAGCGAGCACUACUACGGGGACAGCUGCUCCCGCCUCUGCAAGCGCCGCAACGACACCUUCGGCCACUACGUGUGCGAGCCGGACGGCAGCGUGGCCUGCCUGCCGGGCUGGACCGGCGAGUACUGCACCGAGCCCAUCUGUCUGUCUGGUUGUACUGAGCAAAAUGGAUAUUGCAACAAGCCAGGAGAGUGCAUCUGUCGUCCUGGCUGGCAAGGCCGUUAUUGUGAUGAGUGCAUUCCUCAUAUAGGCUGCCGCCACGGGACUUGUAAAACACAGUGGCAGUGCAUAUGUGAUGAAGGCUGGGGUGGCCUCUUCUGUGACCAAGAUCUCAACUACUGCACCCACCACAAACCAUGCAAAAAUGGAGCCACUUGUCUGAACACUGGCCAAGGCAGUUACACAUGUUCAUGCAAACCUGGUUUCACUGGUGUUGACUGUGAACAUGAAAUCAGCGAGUGUGACAGCAACCCCUGUAGGAAUGGUGGUAGUUGCACGGAUAUGGAGAAUGGCUACCAUUGCCUAUGCCCCCCUGGAUACUAUGGUGCUCACUGUGAGCAUAGUGCCUUGACUUGUGUUGACUCACCUUGUUUUAAUGGUGGCACAUGCUUGGAAAAGGACCAAGGGGCCAGCUACACUUGCCGUUGCCCUCUCGGCUUUACAGGAUCUAACUGUGAAAAGAAAGUGGAUAGAUGCACAAGCAACCCUUGUGCAAAUGGUGGUCAUUGCUUUGAUUUGGGUCAACUCCGUGUGUGUCGCUGCCGUGCUGGUUUCUCUGGUCAGAAGUGUGAGAUAAACAUCAACGAGUGUGCCAGGAAUCCAUGUUCCAAUGGGGGCUCUUGUCAUGACCUGAUCAAUGACUAUACCUGCACCUGCUUGCCAGGCUACACUGGCAGGAACUGUGACAUUAAAACCAGAGAUGAAUGUGCUUCUGGGCCAUGCCAGAAUGGGGCCACGUGCUAUGAUGGACUUUAUAAUGCUAACUUUCUUUGUAACUGUCCUUAUGGCUUCAUGGGCAGCCGUUGUGAGUUCCCGGUUUAUACAGUGCCCGUUCCAUAUCCUCCUAAACCUGUUCCCUGGAUAGCUAUAUCCAUGGGUGUGGGACUGGUGGCUUUGCUUGUAUUAUUCUGCAUGAUAGCUAUGGUCAUCAGACAGAUGCGGAGGCACCCAGAGCAGGACUUGGAGACAAUGAACAAUCUGUCUGAUUUCCAGAAGGACAACCUUAUUCCAGCUUCCCAGCUCAAAAACACCAAUAAAAAUAAAGACCUAGAGGUGGACUGUGGGCUGGAAAAAUCAAACUACAAACCUAAGAACCAUAUAUUGGACUAUAACCUGGUAAAGGAUCUGCCAAGCAGAGGGACACAGGAAGAUAAAUAUUAUAAAAGUGAAAAGUGUUUAGGAGAGAAGCCUCCCCUCCGAUUAUACAGUGAAAAGCCAGAAUGUAGGAUAUCAGCAAUAUGCUCUCCAAGGGAUUCUAUGUACCAGUCUGUCUUUGUGAUAACAGAGGAGCGGAACGAGUGCGUCAUAGCCACAGAGCAAGAGGACAUAAGAGAAUAA